AUGGAAGACGAAGUUAACAGAGAACUCGACCUUCUACCACCGUCCCGCUCCGAUUCCUCUCUCCUCCGCCUGCGCUCGACGGUGUCCUCCUCCUCUACCACAGACUGCGGCGGCGCCCCGUCGCUGGACCUACAGCUGUCGAUCAGCGUGCGACCGCCUGCGGCGGUGCUGAUGUGCGACGGCGUGGAGGCGCUGAAGUGGCAGGCGGCGGAGCAAAUCCGGCUGGCGGCGAUGGAGAAAGCGUACGCGGAGCGUGUGCGGGAGCUGACGCGGCGGGAGAUGGAGAUGGCGCAGUCGGAGUUCGCACGCGCGCGGCAAAUGUGGGAGCGUGCGAGGGAGGAGGUAGAGCGAGCGGAGAGAAUGAAGGAACGCGCGACCAGACAGGUGGAUUCCACGUGCAUGGAGAUCACUUGCCAUUCCUGUAGGCAAAGGUUCAGACCCGCUUGA